AUGGCGGCGGCCGCCGUGCCGACGCAGCACGCGUCUGCCGACGGGAAGGCGGCGUCACCAUGCGUUGCGAUACAGGAAUCCUCGUUGAAGCGCGGCCUGUCCGCGGCGUCCACCGAGGCCUCGGGCGGUGACCUACAGCGCGGGCUCACGGACGUGAGCCUCGGGUCUGACGUCGGCGAGGCGGAAGUGCCUCCGAAGAGGGCGCGGCUCGAGCUUGGCACAUUCCCGGUCGACCUGAACCAGUUCGUGCUGCUGUCCAUCGAUCCUUGGUCCACGGAGCGGCUUUCGUCGGGCCUGAAGGAGUCGCUGCGGGCGAACGUGCAGCUCUUCCGCGACGCCGUGGUCUUCUUCACCGCGUGCGGGGGCGCCUCGGGAUACGGCGGCCAUACCGGCGGCGCGUUCGACACGGCUCCCGAGGCGUGCUUGCUCGACGCGUUCUUCCGUGCGAGGCCUGACAUGUUCGUGCCCACGAUGUUCGACGAGGCUGGACACCGCGUCGCCACUCAGUACAUGUUCUCUGUGCUCCGUGGCCACAUGCCGGCGGAGGCGCUGGUGAAGUACCGGGAGGGGCACAGCAACCUCCCCGGCCACCCGGAGCUCGGGCGCACGCCGGGCAUCGAGUUCAGUUCGGGCCGCCUCGGGCACCUGUGGGGGCACCUCAACGGCGUCAGCCGGGCGCAGCCGGGGAAGAUCGUGUGCUGCCUCGGCUCUGAUGGCUCGCAGAUGGAGGGCAACAACGCUGAGGCAGCGCGCUUCGCCGUCGCCAACGGCCUGUCGGUGAAGCUCUUCAUCGACGACAACGACGUGACGAUCUCGGGGCACCCCUCGCAGUACCUCAAGGGCUUCGACCUGCGCCAGACGCUCUCCGGGCAGGGCGUGCCCAGCGAGGACGUCGACGGCGAAGACAUCGACGCGCUGUACGCGGCGAUGCGUCGCGCUCUUCUCGCCGCGGGGCCUGCCGCCGUGGUGGUCAAGCGCAAGAUGUGCCCGGGCGUGUCUGGCGUUGAGGGCAGCUGCGAGGGCCACGAUGCGUGCGCCAAGUCUCACGCGCUCGCGUACCUCGAGGCGCGCGGGCUCGCCGAGGCGGCCAAGCAGCUGCAGAAGGUGCCGAAGAGCACCGACCCGUACGGCAAGUACCUGGGCGCUGGCGCGUUCGGCGCGCCGCGUGGGCAGUUUGGCACCGCGGUCUGCGGCGUGCUGGCCAAGCUGGGCUCCGCGGAGGAGCGCCGGCGCCGUGUGCUGGUGGUGGACAGCGACUUGGAGGGCUCGUGCGGGCUGAAGGGUAUCCGCGAGAAGUGCCCAGAGGUCUACGUGAAGAGCGGGGUGAUGGAGCGAGGCAACUUCCUCGCCUGUGCUGGCUUCGGCUUCGCGGACUCUGGGCGCCAGGGUGUUUUCGGCACGUUCGCCGCUUUCCAGGAGAUGAUCAUCAGCGAGGUGACCAUGGCACGCCUCAACCGCUGCAAUGUGCUCUGCCACUUCCCCAGCCGUUCCCGAUCAGCCACCGUUGCCCCUGGCUUCGGCACGGAGGCCCGUGUGGCAAGUGCCACUACGGGCUGCUUCGGUCUUUUCAUAUAUAAGUCCCCGAAGGUGGUCGAGGCCGUGUUUUGGGACCAGGGCCUUCGCUUCAUCUACAGCACGCGCAGUAAGGUACCAGAAAUCCUCGCGGACGAUGGCAAACCGUUCUUCGGUGGCGAUUACGAGUUCCACAAAGGCAAGGACGACGUGUUGCUGAAGGCAGGGCCCGCCUGCGGCUACGUGGUCAGCUAUGGGGACGCACUCUAUCGCUCGCACGACGCCGUGCUGCAGCUGCGAGCCAAGGGGCUGCAGGUGGGCCUGGUGAACAAGUGCCACGUGAAUGUGCCGGACGAGGACCUCCGAGAUGCUCUCGCUCGUGGGCAAGUCGAGCUUCGUGCUCGUUGUCGAGUCCCAGAGCACCAAGACCGGGCUCGGCGUCCGCAUGGGCACCUGGCUGCUCGAGAGGGGCCUGGCUCCUAG